AUGACCACUUAUACGGAAAAUUUAGUUAAUCACCACAACCAUGUUGAACCUACAGAAGUAGAUCUCUUAAGAGAAGAUGUUCCAGAUGAUAGUGAAAAAAAAGAACUGAGAUUUGGUAAUAAAGUUUUUAACGUAUUUUCAAAUAUAACUGUGGAACCAUGUAUCUUCUUGAUGGUAACUGGAACAAUGAUAACUAAUAUGGCAUCGCAAAAUCUUCAACUAGAAAAGGCAUGUAGGGUGAAUUUAAAUUUCUCCAAGGAAAUUUGUGAUUCUUUGAGACUACAAGAUGGUGUCGCUCAUAAUGAUUAUGAAAGAGAAAUACAGAGACUGGUAGCGAGUGCUCUUGCGUGGAGAACCUAUUUAACAGCAACUUUGCCUUGCUUUCUAGCCCUUUUUGUAGGUUCUUUCUCUGACAUAACAGGAUACAGGAAACUUUUUAUUAUUGUACCGAUUAUUGGACAAAUACUUGUUGGUAUUAACAACAAAUUUAGCGUGCACUUCUUCUAUCAGAUCAAUUUAGAAAAAGUAAUCUUCUCUGACGCAAUUAUUGAAGGAUUAACUGGCGGGUGGUGUAUUUGUUUUUUGUCAGCCUUCGCAUAUAUUAGUGCUAUUACUACAGAACAAGAUAGAACAUAUCGGAUAGGCAUUGUAGGUUUUUGUAUAACUUUUGGAAUGCCUGUCGGAGUGGGACUAAGUGGAAUUUUAUUAAGGUUGGUAGGAUUCUACGGUGUGUAUUUAAUAUCUAUCUCCAUACACUCACUUAAUGCACUUUAUUCAAUUUUUGUGCUUAAAGACCCAAAGAGGAGUCCUGAACAAAAAGAACACGCUGACCGAGGAUGUUGUCAUUUAAUGCGUAUUUUCUUCAAUUUUACAAACGUGAAAGAAACCAUUCGUGUGAUAGUGAGAAAUGCACCUAAUAACAGAAGACUACGUUUGUGCGUUCUCUUACUUGUGGUUACUGUAAUUUUUGGACCGAUGCAGGGUGAAAUGUCCAUUAUGUACUUGUCUGUAAGAUUCAGAUUUCAAUGGGAUGAAAUACAAUACAGCUUAUUCCAGACUUACAACUUAAUCAUAAAUUUUAUUGGUACUACGUUCACAAUUUUGGUGCUUGCCAGACAUUUCGGUUGGCAUGACUCUCUACUGGGAAUCAUUUCAUCAAUAAGUAAAAUAGCUGCUUCUUUUGUUUAUGGAUUUGCUCAAAGUGGCGCCAUAUUUUAUUUAGGGCCGGUAAUUGAUAUACUGAAUGGGACUGCAUUAUUGGCUAUGCGGGCAAUAAUGUCUAAGCUAGUGGAAUUAGAGGAAUUAGGUAAACUAAGUUCCGUUGUUGGAAUAGCGGAGAAUCUGAUGCCUUUAAUAUAUGUGCCAAUGUAUACGAGGGUUUAUUCAGCAACGCUGGACGUUCUACCGGGGGCUGUGUUCCUGCUAGGAGCACUUCUAACGCUUCCUGUUGUUGCUGUACUAAGUAAUUUUUUCUACGAGCACAGAAAGCAAGUUGGAAAAUUAAAAUCAUCUCCUAUUGAGCUCGAAUAA